AUGGGCCUUCUUCGAGGGCUGGCGGGUUUCCCGCGUCUGCUCCUGGCAGGUAAUCCCACCAAGAAGGAUUUGGGCAUCCUCGUGACGGGAAUUAUCUGCGCCAUUGCAUCUGGAGUGCCCUUCCCCAUCAUAGGAAUUGUUUUUGGUCAGCUACUCGACAACUUCAACGCCGUCACAUGCAACGAGGACGACGCCUCCAGCUCCGAGUCCGACGCCAGCUACCAGAAGAGCAUCGAUGGCGAGAUUCUGCUCAUUUUCUAUCUGGCUAUCGCCCAGUUUGUCCUCAUUUACGGCCACCUGCUGUGCUGGAGCCUGUACGGCGCCCGCCUCUCUCAGCGGCUCAGGGAGCGUUACCUGCAGAACCUGCUGCGACAGGAGCCCUCGCACUUUGACCAGCUGCCCACCGGAGAGGUGGCCUCUCGUCUCAGUAGUGACAUCUCGACCAUCCGCUCGGGUACGGCCGAGAAGGUCGGCAUCUGUCUGGCAAGCGUCUCCUUCUUUGUCACGGCCUACAUUGUGGCAUUUAUCAAGGACUGGGAACUCGCUGCCAUGCUGCUCUCUCUGAUCCCUGCCUACUUUCUCAUGUCCUUUGUCGGAAGUUACUACAUUGAGAAAUAUUCCGGACUGGUAUCGGACUACGCUGCGUCCGCCUCGUCCAUCGCCUCAGAGGCCCUGUCCAACAUUGUCGUCGUGCAUGCUUUUGGUGCCAAUAAGCGGCUGGAGGACAAGUUCGCCAAGGCGCUCAAGUCGUCGGAGCGUGAGGGCAUGAAGAAGGCGACUGCAGUCGGCAUUCAAUCUGGCGUUCUCUAUUUUGUUGCCUACUCGGCCAACGGUUUGGCCUUCUGGCAGGGUAGUAAGCGUGUGGCAGAUACCGUGAGCGGUGGUUCUGGGAGCACUGUCGGUGCUACGUUCACAGUGAUUUUUAUCCUGGUUGAAGCCACAUUACUUUUCAGCCAGGUGGCGCCGUUCGUCCACCUCUUCACAGCGGCUGUCGCCUCGUACGAAAAGCUGCGUGAGGAGAUCGAUCGCGAAACCCUGAUCGACGGUACUACGGACGCAGGAACUCGUCUCGAACAAGCCCAAGGCGGCUUUGAGCUCAAGGAUGUCUCCUUCGUCUAUCCCUCCAGGCCAGAGAUCACCGUCCUGGACCACGUGAGCAUCAGCAUUCCGCCCAAGAAGCACACAGCCAUUAUCGGUCUGUCAGGCAGCGGCAAGUCGACCAUCGCCAGCCUAGCCUUGAGGCUGUAUGAUCCCGUGGAGGGGAAGGUGUUGUUCGAUGGGCACGACCUUCAUGACCUCAACACGCGCGACUUACGAAGUUUUGUUAGUCUGGUGCAGCAGGAGCCUUCACUUCUGGACCGCUCGAUCUUGGAGAAUAUUGCGCACGGCUUGGUCAACUCUAGCAAUCCCAAGCACGCACACCUGAAGGAGAGACUUCUAGGGCCUGACCUGUCCGACUUGGCGAGCGAGAUCAGAGAGGGACAGACCCUCAUGGCAGCCGCGGAGAAGCGUGGCUCGGAAAUUGUCGAGAUCGUCAACCUGGUCCAGCACGCGGCCAUGCUCGCAGAUGCAGACACCUUUAUUAACGGGUUGCAAUAUGGCUAUGCCACUCUUGUCGGCUCCAUGGGACGGUUGGUCAGUGGUGGACAGAAGCAGCGAGUGGCCGUGGCACGAGCUCUCGUGAAGGACCCUGCCGUCCUCAUUAUGGAUGAGGCCACGGCUGCCCUAGAUUCGAGGAGCGAGCAGCGUAUUACCAAGGCCAUCAACAACAUCGCCACCGGCAGGACGGUGCUCACCAUUGCCCACCGCCUCUCAACCAUUACCGGCGCGGAUAACAUUAUUGUCAUGCACAAGGGCCAUGUCGUGGAACAGGGAAACCAUGCCGAGCUAAUGGCCAAAAAUGGGUCAUAUGCCGAGCUGAUUAAGAUGCAGUCACUGGGACAUACAUCGACCAAGGAUUCGGAGGCAGAAGGGCCAAAGAAGGACGCUGUCGUAGCCUCGGUGACAGAAACUCUUGUCGAAAGCAAGGCCAGUUCCUCGGAAGACGACGACCACAAGAGUAUAACUGAGAAGUCGGCCUCAGCCGAGCCAGGAGAAGAGGGAGGAGAGGAGGAGGAAGAGCCCGAGACCCCAUCCAAGUCGCUAUGGGCCCUGAUGAAAGGUUACGCACCAGCUCUGAGGCCCCACGCUCUUGUCAUCUGCAUCGCGCUCCUAGGUUCGAUCGUUGUCGGCGGAGCCUUCUCUGGCGAGGCUGUCAUCUUUGGCAACACUGUGGGAAGUCUGAAUGUGUGCAAGAGUGCCAGCAGCAUCCGCGACGCAGGUGACUUUUUUGGCCUGAUGUUCUUCGUGCUCGCGAUUAUCGAGUUCUUCGCCAAUAUCAUGAGCUGGUCUGGGUUUGGAUGGAUCUCUGAACACAUUGUCUACUCGGUCCGAGUUUUGUCCUUCCGAUCUCUCUUUGAACAAGACCUGCAGUGGCACCAGUCCAAGAACCGCACACCAGCCAUGCUUCUGUCGUACAUCACCAGAGAUGGCAAUGCGCUGGCUGGUCUGAGCGGCUCCGUCAUUGGAACCAUGAUUUCGAUUACCGUGAACCUCGUGGCCGCCAUCAUCCUGACGCAUAUCAUCGCCUGGAGAAUAGCCCUUGUCUGUCUUUCGUUGAUCCCGCUUCUUCUCGGAGCUGGCAUGAUGGAAUUACGAGUUCUGGGCAAGUUUGAGGAGAAGCACGAGACCGCCUAUACAAAAUCGGUCGACAUCGGCACAGAGGCCAUCACCUCCAUCAAGACGGUCGCCUCUCUGUCCCUGGAGCAGGAAAUACUGAGUGACUACCGACGAUCCCUCAAGGGACCCCGCCAGGAGACCCUCAAAGUCACGCUGCAGGCGAGUCUCUGCCAGGCCAUCACCUACUUCCUUGGUAACUGCGUCAAUGCGCUGGCAUACUGGUGGGGCUCGAAGCAGAUCAUUGCCGGCAAUUAUACCCAGACGCAGUUCCUCAUCGUGGUGUUCUCACUGCUGGUUAGCGCACUGCUCUUUAGCCAGAUGUUUGCGCUCGCACCGGAGCUGUCCAGCGCACGCGCGGCGUCGGCUCGGAUUCUGGGUCUCAUCGAGAUUGGCUCAGACAAGAUGCAAGGACGUAUCGACGAGUCCUUUUCCACGCACACGACUUCGUCAUUGUCGCCCAUGGGCGAGAAGGACGUCGAGGCAGCGCAUGGAAUCAAGUCCUCUUCCCUUACCACGUCCUCAGGAGCCGCCAGCGUCCAGUUCCGCGACGUGCAGUUCUCCUACCCAGCCCGUCCCGACGUGAAAGUACUCAGCGGACUAAGCCUCGAUAUCCGCCCAGGCCAAUUUUGUGCGCUUGUCGGCCCCAGCGGCGCAGGCAAGUCCACCGUCAUCUCCCUGGUCGAGCGCCUCUACACGCCCAGCAUCGGGUCCAUCCUCAUCAACGGCCUCGACGUGACUAAAGUAAGAGAUAUGUCCUUCCGCGACGACAUCGCCCUCGUCCCGCAGGAGAGCGUCCUCUUCGAGGGCAGCAUCAAGUUCAACAUCGGGCUAGGGGCGCGGCCGGGUCACGAGGCCACGCAGGAAGAGAUCGAGGAGGCGUGCAGGCUAGCGAAUAUCCACGAGGUAAUUGUCGCGCUGCCGGAGGGGUACGAUACGCUAUGUGGGCCGAAUGGGAACCAAUUCUCGGGCGGGCAGAAGCAGAGGCUAUCGAUUGCACGGGCGCUCGUGCGGCGGCCGCAGCUCCUCAUCCUGGACGAGCCGACCAGUGCUUUAGAUGCGGAGUCGGAGAGGCUGCUGCAGGAUGGCUUGGAGAGGGCGGCCAAGGAUAUCACUGUGAUUGCUAUUGCUCAUCGCCUGCACACUAUUCGGAAGGCGGACCGUAUCUUUUUGAUUGAGGCGGGACAGUGUGUGGAUGCUGGCACACAUGAGGAGCUGCUGGAGAGAUCGGAGAGUUAUCGGGCGAAUGUGAUGCAUCAGACGGUGGCGCAGUGA